AACCCUCGUUUUGCCUGAAGCCUGAGGCAAUUGCGAAAUCUCGCAGCAGGUGCAGCGGCUAAGAUAAGUCCUUACCUCCACGCGCCGCUGCCUCAGCCGCAGCGGACUCGAAAGAUAAACGAGAACGCGCGCCGCUUAAAGAAAGCCAGAAAAUCCCCCUAUCGCCGCGGGAACAGAAGAAAAUAAUAAUAAUAAUACUUCUAGCUGCAGAAAAGCACGCUCCAACGCUCGGGAAGCAGAUUUGGACCCUAGCUAUGAAGUCUUAUAUUCCAUUUUUCAUUCUUCUGUGGAGUGCUGUUGGAAUUUCAAAGGCUGCCAAAAUAGUUAUUGUGCCGCCAAUUUUGUUUGAAAGCCAUCUAUAUAUUUUCAAGACCCUGGCUUCAGCUUUGUAUGAACAUGGCCACCAGACUGUUCUCCUUUUGUCUGAGGGCAGAGAAAUCCCUCCAUCAAGUCAUUACAGACUACAACGAUACCCAGGGCUCUUUAAUACAACCACCUCAGAUGAAUUUCUUCAAUCCAAAAUGAGAAGAAUCUUUUCUGGGAGUCAAACAGCAUUGGAGCUGUUUGAUAUUCUGGAUCACUAUUCCAAGAACUGUGACAUGGUUGUGGGCAACAAAAAGCUCCUGCAUGCCCUGAAAAAGGAAAAAUUUGACUUGCUACUAGUAGAUCCUAAUGAGAUGUGUGGGUUUGUUAUUGCCCAUCUUUUAGGAAUUAAAUAUGCUGUUUUUUCCACUGGCCUUUGGUAUCCAGCAGAAGUAGGUGCACCUGCACCAUUAGCAUACGUCCCUGAAUUUAAUUCACUUCUCACAGACCAUAUGAACUUCCUACAAAGAUUUAAGAACACUAUUGUUUAUCUGGUUUCAAGAUUUGGAGUCAGUUUUUUGAUUCUGCCAAAAUAUGAAAGGAUAAUACAGAAGUAUAGUGUACAACCAGCAAGGUCCAUGUAUGAAUUGGUUCAUGAAUCCAGCCUGUGGAUGCUAUGUACUGAUGUAGCACUGGAGUUUCCAAGACCUACGCUACCAAAUGUUGUUUACGUGGGAGGAAUCCUGACCAAACCAGCCAGUCCUCUACCAGAAGAACUGCAAACAUGGGUGAAUGGUGCUACUGAAAAUGGCUUUGUCCUUGUAUCAUUUGGAGCUGGAGUGAAAUACUUACAUGAAGAUAUAGCUGAUAAAUUGGCACGUGCUCUGGCUAGACUUCCUCAAAGAGUAAUUUGGAGAUUUUCAGGUAAAAAUCCCAGGAAUUUAGGUAACAAUACAAAACUUAUAGAGUGGUUACCACAAAAUGAUUUAUUAGGUCACUCUAAUAUUAAGGUCUUCCUUAGUCAUGGUGGUCUGAAUAGCAUUUUUGAAACCUUGUACCAUGGUGUUCCUGUGGUGGGAAUCCCUCUUUUUGGAGACCAUUAUGAUACCAUGACUCGAGUGCAGGCCAAGGGCAUGGGUCUACUACUAAACUGGAAGACUCUUACGGAGGAUGAGUUAUAUAAUACACUGGUGAAAGUUAUUAAUGAUCCCAGCUACAGGCGACAGGCCCGGAAGCUGUCUGAAAUCCAUAGAGACCAACCAGCUCAUCCUGUUAAUCGAACAGUCUACUGGAUUAAUUACAUCCUUCGUCACAAUGGAGCACAGCAUUUACGAUCCGCAGUUUACACUGUCUCUUUAUAUCAGUAUUUCUUAUUGGAUAUUGCCUUUGUUGUGCUGCUUUGUACUGCCUUAUUCUACUACAUUUUGGCCAGGAUAGCAAAAUUUAUUUGCAACCAAAGCAAACAUUUUUGGUCCACUGAUGAACAUAUUACUGUCAAUGGACAUUACCAGAAUGGGAUACCAAAUGGCAAGUAUAGAAGAAAUGGUCACAUUAAACAUGAAAAAAAGGUGAAAUGAGCCAACUACUCAAUGUACAUUAGCAACAAAUCAGUACUAUAGUUAAAUUUUAUAGCUGUAACAUAGUCUAACACCUACUUAAAGUAAAACAAUAAACAGUUCUAAUGCUCCCCUACAGUAUGUAAUCUUAUGCAAUUAAAUUCUGCAGAACUAAGAAAAAUCUUUAGAAAAAUGAAGCACAACCUAAAAUACAUAAAGUAUUUUAUUCUUAAUACUGAUGGAGAAAGGUCAUUCUGACACUGAAGUUUUCUAGAAGCCUUAAUUCUCUGAAGUAAUUC